AAAAAUUCAAAUAAAACUAAAAUCGUUCGAACACAAUGGAUGUCAAGCAACAGUUGCAGGCGCAGGAUGUGGAUAAGGAUCUCGACGAGGUAACCACGAGCAGCGAGGAGCAGUACAACCAUGACCUGACCAAAAACUCCAGUUUGACGACCGUGUGCAGCACUUUUCCAUUGUCCUCGAGGAUCGAAAGCUACCAUCACUGGCAGCCGAUAGACAUCGACAUUGGGCGAGAGGACAUCUUGGAACGUAAAUUGGAAAUGGAGAGUGAGCGAAUGGUCCAGCCCGCCAUGUCCAUUCCACUCGCCCUAAAUGCCAUGCAUCCUUAAUGCCAAAUUAAAUAAAAUAAUGUCAAAUUAGAAUUCAAUUUCAAAGUUUACAAAAAGUUAUGGCUCUCAUGCGUCGUAUGAGUAACGCGCAGAAGAAUACGCAUACGACCCAUUGUACCACCAUGCCCUUUAACUUACAAUGCAUUGAUGUGCUUAAUAAAAGCAAGAUAGUUAAUUGUGCCUUGAUAAAUACUCGAUUUGAAGAGAUUAAAGUCCGUUCGACUUUCGAAACCAG